AACCUCUUAUCGUCUUAUAGGUAAUUUUACUGCUUGUUUUUAUCUCGUGCGUUAGUAUAAAAACAACCGCCAAGAAGUUCCAAGAACAGUGAGCCAAGAUGUCUCGUAUUGUUAUUGUCAGUGUCAUCGUUUGCCUGGUCCAAGCCAUUUUGGCUGAAGACUGCGGGCCAAACGCCGUCCACGAAGAACACGUAGGAUGCGAACCCACCUGCGAAACUCCCAAAAUUACCGCCCUCUGCGCUACCGCUCCCCAAUUGGGAUGCAAAUGUCUGCCACACUUCGUGAGGGACAAGAGCAAGAACGCAUGUGUCAAAGUGGAGGACUGCCCAAACAAAGGAUGCGGUGACAACGAGAGCUACAUCCAGACGAUCGGAUGCGAACCGACAUGCGCGCAACCUAAAGUUCUUCCGCGCUGCGCAGCCGCCCCUCACAUGGCUUGUCGAUGCCACGAAGGGUUCGUCAGGGACAAGACUCACAAUAAAUGCAUCAAGGAACACGACUGUCCGAAAUAAUUUGGGACCACGGGACACUUGAUAAUAAAGUCGAGUUUUUCGUUUUUUGAAAAAUCUUUAA